CGCUCUCCACCAGAGGGCAGCAUGGAGGCGGGACGCAGAGGAACAGAAGCAGAAGAAGAACCAGGAAGUGCAAUCAAAGCAGAUCAAUAGCAGGAGCUGCUCCACCAAUAUGGCUGACAUCCUGCAAAAUGUUAUGGAUCACGCAGUCGCUGUCGCACGGAAAGCUGGAGAGGUGGUGCGUGAGGCUCUGAGUGAUGACAGGAAGGUGAUGACGAAGAGCUCAGCCGUUGAUUUAGUCACUCAAACUGACCAGAAGGUGGAGCAUCUCAUCAUCCAAUCAGUGAAAGAGAAAUUCCCUCAGCACAGGUUCAUCGGGGAGGAGUCUGUAGCGGCAGGUGAGCCGAGCCUCCUGACUGAUGAUCCCACCUGGAUCAUCGAUCCCAUCGACGGAACGACCAACUUCGUUCACACGUGAGUUUAUUUCAUCCCACUCAUCUGUCCAGGGACAGCAG